CUUGGGUUCUUUGAACAUAGGUUUUUGUUGAGAUGGAGGAUUACAAUGUUGUUGUUCAUGGGAGAAGAAAUGCAGCCUUAUUUGCUUGGCCUUGGGAAAAUUUGGGUCAUUUCAAGUAUUUAUUGUAUGGACCCUUUUUUGCAAAAUUCAUGUAUUCAUUGGUUUGGAGAAAGAGCUGGGAGGAUGUUUGGUGCUUACAUAUUCUUGCCUUGUGUGCCCUGAGAGGUUUUGUUCAUCAGUUAUGGAGUAGUCAUACUAAUAUGCUCUUCUUUAAUCGCCCGAAACGGGUGUAUAGACGGGGCGUAGAUUUCGAGCAAAUUGACAAGGAAUGGCAUUGGGACAAUUUCUUAUUGCUCCAAGCUAUUAUGGCUGCAAUUGUGUAUUUGAGCUUCCCUUCCCUGGCCAAUCUUCCCAUUUGGGAUGCAAGAGGGGUAAUUUGUUGUGUUGCAUUGCAUAUAGGGCUCUCCGAGCCGCUGUACUAUUUGAUGCAUAGGCUAUUGCACACUCGGGAACUUUUCCCGCUUUAUCACUGGCUGCACCAUCAAUCCAAAGUCCCGCAUCCCUUUACAGCUGGGAGUGCAACGUUUCUGGAGCACCUCUUGUUGUGUGUAAUUGUUGGGAUUCCGACUCUGGGGACCGUGUUUCUUGGUUAUGGAUCGGUGAUAAUUCUGUAUAGUUAUGUUUUGGUGUUCGAUUUCCUUAGGUGUUUGGGGCUUAGCAAUGUUGAAAUCAUGCCUUGUGGCCUCUUUGAGGCUGUUCCCCUGCUCAAGUACCUUAUUUAUAGCCCUACGUACCAUAGCCUACACCAUAUGGAUAUGAGAACUAAUUUUUGCCUCUUCAUGCCUCUCUAUGAUAUGUUGGGGAAGACAAUAAAUAGCCUUUCCUGGGAUCUUCAGAGAGAAAUCAAGUCAAGAACAAACGAAAGGGCACCCGAUUUUGUGUUCCUUGCACACGUAGUGGACAUUAUGUCAUCGUUGCAUUCUCCAUUUGUAUUUCGGUCCUUCAGCUCGAUUCCCUUCAGUUCAAGACUGUUCUUGUUACCGGUGUGGCCUUUAGGCGUUGUGGCAAUGAUGAUCAUGUGGCUCAAGUCCAAGACUUUCUUGUUCAGCUUUUACCAUCUUAAAGGGAGGUUGCACCAGACAUGGGCUGUUCCAAGAUACGGUUUUCAGUAUUUCUUGCCUUUUGCUACACAAGGCAUAAAUAAACAAAUCGAGCAAGCAAUCCUUAGGGCUGAUAAACUGGGCACCAAGGUCAUUAGCCUCGCUGCAUUAAACAAGAAUGAAGGGUUGAACGGAGGUGGAACACUUUUUGUGAGCAAACAUCCCAAUCUUAAAGUGCGAGUGGUCCAUGGAAACACCCUCACUGCUGCUGUAAUCUUAAACAAUAUUCCUGGAGAUGUUAGUGAGGUUUUCCUCACUGGUUCCACUUCUAAACUAGGAAGGGCCAUUGCCCUCUACCUGGCCCGUCGACAUGUGAGAGUUCUGAUGCUUACUAAAUCCAGGGAGAGGUUCUUGAAAAUCCAAAGAGAGGCAGGGGAGGAGUGCCAAAAAUUUCUAGUUCAAGUUGCCAAGUAUCAAGCUGCUGAACAUUGUAAGACAUGGAUAAUUGGGAAAUGGAGCAGUCCGGGAGAGCAAAGGUGGGCUCCAUCAGGAACGCACUUUCAUCAGUUUGUGGUUCCUCCAAUCAUCCCAUUCCGCAGAGACUGCACUUAUGGGAAGUUAGCAGCUAUGAAGCUCCCCAAGGAUGUGGAGGGCCUCGGAUCAUGCGAGUAUUCGAUGGGAAGAGGUGUGGUUCAUGCUUGCCACGCAGGUGGGGUGGUUCAUUUUCUUCAAGGAUGGACUCAUCACGAGGUGGGAGCCAUUGAUGUGGACCAGAUUGAUGUUGUUUGGAAGGCUGCAUUGAAGCAUGGAUUGGAGCCCUUGUAGACAUAUAUAUAUAUAUAUAUAUUGCACAUGCCAUUGUACCUCUAAUGUUGUAAUGUAAACCAAGUGAAUUAAAAAUAGGCUGCUUAACUACACAAAAAUAUAGCAAUAUAAUUGAACUAUUUGGCCAUUAUGUUUCGUGAUCCUCCGCAAUAAAACUCCAUUAAUGGUGGUUAAUGACCAA